AUGUCCGACUCUUUCUGUUCAAAUGUUCUGAGGGACUUGAAGAGAAGCCCUUCCUUCCCUCAGAACAGUCGUGUGCUGGCUUUCAUUGUUUUGAUAUUCUUCGGUUCACUCAUAGCUGGAACCGCUAUGAGAUCGAGUGAUGUCGAGGAAGGAGCUCAGAAGAUUGACUCCCAUCUGGAUACCGAUGCGGAGAACUCAAAACACACAACCUCAUUUUCCUCGCCAGGUGCAACUUCUACAUACAUAUCCAUAGCUGAGAGCAGCAUUCUAAUAGAUGCUGUCACGGACGUGGACACCGUUCGCCCACCGCCUGCAUUCGAUUUGCUUGCGGCACUGAUCGAGGCCUUCAAACCAGUUGUUAACACCUCUCGGGUCGCAAACUUGCCCUUAAAGAAGCAUGCUUUGGCUCAAGAAGUCAGACUAUCAGUCACCAAGCCAUCAAAAAAGCGUGAUCCGUCUGCCAGCACAACCUCAGUUGUGUCUUCUGAUAGUUUCCAAGCAGGGAGCUUAUCGUCAACGCCAUCACCGGGAAGAUUUCAACAAACUGGCCCUUCAUCAAAUGAAGUUGGCGGUCCACAAAGACGCGAACUUGAUCUUAAUAAUCCAGAGUCAGAAGUGGCUCUCUCCUUGCUAGAUACUAUAUCCGGCUUGGUUGCAAAUAUUGCUAGAAUCGAUGGGAAAAGUGCAGCAGCGUUGACCGACGCCAUGCUAGCUGUGCUUCCAGUAGAGCCUGAGGCACUUUCCUGCGCUAUUUUGAACUUUACAGAGCAGGCAUCUGUUUCGGUGGAAGAAGUUAUCCCCUUCAUUCUUCCAGCCAUUGGAAAAUCCUGGGGAAAUCCAGGAGAAGGACAGAUUCCAAAGGAGAGCUCAGAAAGCCUGAACGUCACAUUCAAAGACAUAAUUGCUCAAGGGUCAAUCGUCAUCAACCAAAUCACAACCGUUGCGGCACGAAUUCAAGCUCCAAUCAUGCAGGAAGUUUUGCAGCUGGUUGCCAAUGCUGUAUAUGCAGUGGCAAAUCACUUGGAUCAAAUUGUCUGCGCCAUUAGCCGAAAUGAUGCAGGUCUACAACUUGAUGCUCUUGCUCCAUGCGACUCAACUACCAUUGAAUCUGCAUCGGUGAAUACUUUGACGCUCAAGCCAAUAUCCUUGACAAUUGGCACCUCUUCAUUGGCAACUGCAACAUGGAACAUCAUGCCUACCGCAAACCCUGAAGCUUAUGACACGGUAUCUGAAAUACUGCCUGACCCCUAUUCAAUUUCGUCGGCUUCCAACUCAGAUAUCCUACAAACUGGGCGUUCAAUUUCAUCGCAGUUUUCUGUCACAGACCAAAGUGUUACAUGUACGGUAGGGACAUGGUUAAGCUUACGCACAACUUCCCCUGGUCUCUUACCUUGUCCGGCUUCGGCGCCUGUCUCGACGCCAGGAGUGAACCCUAAGUCAGGACCUUGUCCAGAGACAGGAUAUCAGUGCAAAGAUUGUCUCAAUGGAUGGUUUUGCCCCCCGGUAGAAACACCCCCUCAAGUUGUGCCUUGUGGAUUAGGGUGGCCUUGUUUUCACUGCAAAGACGGAUACUUCUGCUCCUCAACUGCCGCCUUGGAUCCUACUGCAUAUAUCCCGGAUAGUUACAGCGUUCCAUUGCAUCCUGCAAGCACUGAGGCAGUGGAGACCAUUAGCCCAACACUACCUUCAGCUCCCACACCCAGUCACGACUUUUGCGUCGCAGUUCCCGGCUGGACAUAUUUGGGAUGCUUUCGAGAUGCUAUUUCACGCACGCUUGUUGGAUCCAAGCCUGUAGAUUAUUUGCGAGGUUCAAUGCCGAACUAUACAUGUAUCAACCACUGUGCAGCCAAUGGCUACUCCUUCGCUGGCACUGAGCAUGGCUUCGAAUGCUGGUGUGGUUUGUCUAUCCGAGACGAUGCCGUUCGAUUACCUGAGAACUCUUGUAAUGUACCCUGUCAAGACUCGGCAAACGAGUUCUGCGGUGGAUCUUGGGUAAUUUCUGUAUUCAGAUGCGCAGAAUCUAACCCCCGAUCUGGCUCAGAGAACAGCAACUCAUCGACAUCAAAAGGAGCACAAGCAUCAACACAAGUGCCAGGCUCAUCACCGACUGUAACUACGCCACCACCAUAUCAAGAAACCCAGUCACCAUCCGCAGUGUUGGAAACGACUGCGGAUUCGCUGCUAUACGCAAGCGAGAGCAAAAGCACGCAAACGCCAUCUUCAGCCCAGCCAGGCCCAGUCGCAAAACUAUUGGCAAACGCAAGACAUUCUAAGUAG